AUGAUGGGAAACAAGCAAACACAACUCGACCCAUCCAUGGUUGGCUUAGAGAUGGCCAGCGCAAGAGAGUUCACAAAUCGGAGACUAGUGGCUUCCCUUUGUGACAUGCAAGAGUUGUGGAGAGACUGUCUGGCCCUGAGAAACGGCGUCGAACGCUUAGUUGAGACUCUCAAUGAGGUCUUUGUAGACAAAGAUGGCUCAGAGAAAAUGACAAAUGAGAUUAGACAAAAGCUCAACGCUGUACUGAAGUUUAACCAAGCUAUCAGCCGCAAGAUAACAAGAAACUUGGAGCGACACGGAAAGAUGGUAGAUCGUAGCAUACAGCAAAACGAGCAAUUAAUGUUCAUCGUUAAAGACUUUGUGGCAUCAAUAAACACAUCCAUGACGAUGCUUGUUCGAAAUAUUAUAAAAAUGCGGCGCCUGAUUUCAGAAAUGCAGCCAUCCUUGGGACUGACCAGGGUGCCAAAGGGAAACCUCGUUUUCGACGUAAUCAACGACAACCAAGAUGUUGACGCCAUGCUCAGACAACUUGUGGAGACAGAGGGUCGCAGGGAGAGUUUAGAAAACUACAUGGUCAAUGUUUUGGCGUGCUGGAGAGACUUUCGAUACUUACUUCUGGUUACUAACGACUGGGAGACGACAGCAGACGACAUUGACAGCCAUGUCAAGGCUGUAGCAGACAACGUGGCCCGUGGCCUGAUGCAGUUGAGACGUUACACACGAUAG